AUGGAUUAAAAAGAAAAUAAUAAUAAUGACAAUCUAUUCAAGAAUAUUAUUUUUGGGAAUCAAGUCUAAAAUUCGUAUGGCAAUUUUAGAUCAUUCUGUGCAGCCAUCGCACAUUAGGACUAGAUCAAUAUUAUUAUGGAUUAUAUUAAAACCAAUGAGAAAUUCAGGAGAUAUAACAGAUUCAGUUAUGCAUAUAGAGUUUAUGAACAGCAAUAAUUUUUUGUUACUCAAGAUAAGCCAGGUCAAGAAUAAUAAGAAAAUAGAAUCAUCGAAGGCUUCCAUGAAGAUGAAACUUUGGAAGGAAGUGGAGAAAAAUUGUUGCAUUUAUUAUAAAAAUUUAAUGUUGAAAAUGUGUUGAUUAUAUCUGCAAUUCAAUAGUACAACCCAUUGUAUAGAUUUGAACCGUCUCAUUAUAGAAUCAUUGUUGAAAGAUCAAAAGACUUAUUGAAUAAUUUGUAUACUAAAGUAAUUCAACAGGAGGAAGAAGAGUAGAAAUAACAAGAAGCUUUACAUCAAUAGAGUUUAGCACAGGGCAAGAUCAUUAAAGUUUAAGCAAAGUUGCCAAAAACUCAAAUAGAAAUUCCAUAAUUUCAUCAAUAAGCUAAAUUUUCAAAACCAGAAGACAGAUUACAAAACAGACCUGGCCACUUUUAUGCAGAAAAUCCAGGAUUCAAACCACCCAAGAAAUCUCAAUAACAACAAUAACAAUAAAGUUAGCUGCCUCCAAUUUCAGAAUAGAAGAAACUAAAAGACUUAAACAUGAGAUUAAAAAACAUAGCUUAUUAGUUAGAAAAGAUAUUGGAGUCAUUAACAGAAAAGGAGUAUUUACAAUUUAAAUUUAUUGCAAAAUACGAUUAAAAUAAAUUAGUGGAGAAGGUAUUAGGGUUAAUUAUGCUUAUAUUUGAUGUUGAUAGUAGAGAUUAAUUGGCUACAGAUUUUGAUAUUUAGAACAAGUUGUAAAAUGCAACAGUUAAUGAUUUAACAGAAAAGAAAGUGAGGAAAAUCAAUGAAACGUUGAGAGGAGAUAGGAGAUUAAAUGCCUAUGGUUUGGCUAGUGUCAAUCCGUUGAUUUCUACUAUUUUUGCAUUUAUUGUCCUCUUGAUCCGAAGUUAUGAAAUAGGCAAUGACAUGCUCAAAAUAACUCAAAGCAUCGCAGUUCAAGAAUCAGAGGAGAACCAACUCCUUGAAGAUCCUAUAUGA